AUGUCGGAAUCGUCAGAAGUGGCCCAUUCCGUAGAUCAUACCGAUCGUCCAUGCCCUUAUCCUCAACUCAAGGCGAGAGUGGACAAUCGGCUCGUGCUGCGCGAUCUCUAUCAGGAUUACUGGCGCGUCCGCCUCGCCGGCACCCCUGAGCUUUCCGAGGUCUAUGCGAACCUCUUGUCGGUUGCGAUCGAGUUAUACUCCUUCAUUGCUUCUUACCAUUAUAAAACCGGGGUGUCUCGUCUUAAGCCAGAGGAUGACCCUCGACUCUUCUGGUCUAUGGCUCAGCCUUCCAAUGCCGCUGAAGCCGGGAUCAUCGACAUCUACGUCGAUAUCAUCAUAAACGAGAACUUUUUGCAUUCUCCUCCGGCCCUCGUUGACCAUAUCCUUUGGGGAUUUGGAGCUCUAUUUUGGAUGCGGAACUAUUGGAUUAACAGUUUUGAUCGUGGAGGGAAGAAGAGUGUCUAUGCGCACAUCUUCUCUCACACAAAGCGACUGUGGGCACAUCUCUGGGAGAAUCGUGGCCUUAUCAAGCCCCGCCCGCAGAGUGAGCGCGACGCCGAGGGCUACGGCAGCAUGUCCGUAGACCCCGCUCACGAUAUACUGGGUAACUAUCCGGAGCCGUAUAGUCGGCUGCUUGAGUGGUACUCCUAUCUCUACGAAGGUCACGUCAACUUCCUCAGGAAUUGCACUCCUGAAGAGCGCGCUCUUGAGCUAGAGUACGUGGGCUUCGAAGAAACGUUCAUGCCUCACGUCGCCUUGGUCGUCUGGUCCUCCGGGAACUCGCAAUCUACUCCAUCUGGAAAAGAUCUCGCAUUGCAUCAGCUUACAUCUCGCCUUCUGUCUCAUCGUGUAUCCGGUCCGAAGUUCACAGAGCGCAUAGCACGCGAGGCCGUCGUCGAAGGUAUUGGUGCAAAAUCUUUCUUCAGUCAGUUUGAGACCAUGCUGAGCCAGAGGCACCCGGCGGAGUACGAGCCCGGCUUCCCUAUCGAUGGUGUUCAAAUCGUCGUUCUCCUCUCCAUGACUCCAGCCCUAUGCGGCGAACUUGCAAAUUACGACGUCUUUCGCCCCAUCGUCAGGGUCUGUAACUUCUACGGGCGCACGAGGAAGCAUUGGUUCUGGGAAACAGUCCUUAUGUUUUUCAUGUUCGUGACAAAUUUCCCGGUCGGACUUCCGGUUCCAGAUGAAUACAAAGAAUGCCAAAGGGCAGAAUACCCGCUCGUGCGCGGUGGCGAUAUCAUUGACUUCGUCUCACGCGGGCUGGACAUCAUUGCGGAUUGGACGCCGGCCACAGGAUCUUUGACAAGCUUCAACCACAGAAAACACACUCUCCAGCGGUACAUCUUUCACUAUGUUCAACUCAUUGCCAGUACGAGGGAUAAACCGGAGACCCAUGAUCGUCGCGAGAGAAAACGCGUAAAAGAGAUGCUCGCGCGUAUGCCGUCACAGUGGUGGCCUUGCUUGAAACGGUUACAGCUUGCACACGAGCGUGGUCAACCGUGCCAAGAUAUCUUGCAGGAUUGGAUCCUGAUCGGUAAUGCGUGCGAUCUUGACAUGGUCAACGAGAGUAUGCGCUUUGCUCUGCGUGACGCCAAGCAACAUUGCUCGUUGAACCGCUGCGAAUACCACACGAACAAGCCGCCCGACUCUCUGCGUCUCAAAACAUGUAAGGGCUGCGGAGAGGUCAAGUACUGUUCCAAGCUAUGCCAGGUGCAGCAUUGGAAGGAGGAGCAUAAGCGACG